AUGUUUCCCUUCCGCUGGGGAAAGAAAGACAAGCCGGAAAAGGAACUCCUGGAAAACUACAAACUCCAGGGGGACAAAAAGGAGCACAUCAUUAAAUGGGGGCACAAAAAAAACCAGGCAGAAAAGAAUGCGAACAAGGAGAAAAGGACCCCCAUCAAAUUUAAGGCCCCGGAAGGAGGGAAAAAUAAGAAAAAGAAGGGCUCCUUUUUUAGCUUCUCGAGAUUCAAUUUUUUCGGAAAGUCCAAAAGGAAAAGGACUCCCAGGGCGGCACAAAGGAGCCCCAAGGAGGAGCCGCCGCAGAGGAAGGAGGUGAAGGGGCUCAUCAAAAAGUUCGAGGCUGCGAAGGGGGAAGCGAAGGGGGCAGAGAAGGAAACCGCGAAAGGAGCAGCGAAGGAGGCAGCGAAGGAAACCGCGAGAGGAACAAGCAAUGUGGGGAAAGCCAAAGUGCCUACACAAACGAGCGCCAUAAAGGCUGACCCCCAAAGGAGCGGCGUUCACACCGCGCCAAUCGUAAAUGAAGGGCAGUUUGAAGUCCUAACGGAGGAGGAAAAAAAAUCCAUCGAGGUGGCUUCCCUGAUAGAAGGAUCUUCCAAUGGUGACAGCUCCGAGACAGAUAGGGAUGGCAAAGAUGACUCAGUCGAGAAGGACGUCCCCGCAAAGGAAAAGUCUGCCUAUUUAGUUAAGAAACAAAAGAGUGGCAUAAACCUGAGCCAGAAUAAAGAACUUUUAAUGCAAAAAUCGAACCUUUUGGAAGGGAGUUGCCAAAUAGACAAGAAAAAAAGUUACCCCCCAAAAAAGAAGAAUGAUGAGAAUGACCUCGUGAUUACUCCCAAGGCAAGUACAGACGCAGACCCAGGAAAGGAAGUGCAAACAAAAAAAUCGAUCCUAAAAAAUAUCAUAAAAAUGCCACUCUCUUUUGCAUCUAAGAGUUUCAAAAAGGACAUUUCAGAGACAAAAAAGGAAUCAGUCAAAUUGGGGGGAGGGGAAAAUCAAAGACGGGAAGGGGAGAACGCAGGGACGAAGAAAGGUGCGCUCAAGUCCAAGGGCACUACUGAUUCGAUCCACUUGCAAAAAAGCGACCACGAUAAGGGUGAUGUCUCCCCCUGCGAAGAGAUCGACGCCAAAUCGGAAGACUCCAACUACAGCGGGAAAAUGAACUUUAACAAUUUUAUUCCCAAUUUUAAACUAAACAGUAAAAAAAAUGCCACCCUGAGAUCGAACAAAAAAAACGCCACUCCGAUGAUUAGCAGUAAGCUCAAAAUGAACAAAAAAAAUAGCAACAUUGGAAGCAGCUUUGAACAAGCAGAUGAUCCAGAAAAUGCCAAAAUGGAGGAAUCUACCCUCACACGCCAGGACAUACAAGAGAAGAAGAAAAAUCUCGUAGGACGAGCUAAACUGAUGGAGAAGAAUUUACACAGGAGAAAAGAAGCACCACAGGAAGACGGGGCCAAUAAUAUACACCGUAAAAUGACAAAGGAUAUUUUCGAAGGGGAGGGGAUUUUCUUCAAUCUCUUCCCGCCUCUUCUGCUAACCGAAAAUUCCUUCGACAUAUGCCCAAUAUCACCUAUCGAGGACAUCAUAGAAGUUAUUUAUUCAAUUUGCAAUAACAAUAAAGAGGAGGCAAUUGCGAAGCUGAAAAUGUGCAAGGAGAACAACGAGAAGUGUUCCAACGUGCUAAAGAUAACCUUGGAUAAGCUAAAUGGGACAGAGGAUUCCGUGCUCUCUAAUUUGACCAAGAACAUGUAA